AUGCAAUUGGAAAAAAAGAAAAAACUGCAGCAACUACUUCAACAGAAAAUCAACCAACAACAACAAACACAAUAUCAAAAUAAAUCAAAUAAACAACAAGAAAAGGCAGCAAAAGCCAGUGAAAAUAAUAAUACUAAUCGAGCAACACGUAGUCAUCCAGAAGAUAUGAAUAAUUAUUAUUAUGAUUCAUGGUAUUAUGGAAAUGGUGAAGAAGAUUAUCUUUCAACUGGUUAUACAGAUGAUCAAGAAGUAUUUGUUGGAAAUCUUUCCAUUCAAGUAGCAAAAAACGAAGUAAAAUUAUCAAUUCUUCUUCUUGUUCGUAUUGGUAAUACAGGAUCUCAAGUUGGUGCUGAGAAUUUUGCUUUUGUUGUUUGUCAAUACAACAAAAUCAAUGUUGAAGAAAAAAAAAAACGUCGUCCUUUUCCACAUACAUUUCGUCCAACAUAUUCAACAGCUGCUUCACCAACAAGCUAUCAAUCAAUUGAUUGUCCUGCAUCAUUUUAUAAUCAAUCAGCAUAUUAUGAAGGUGUUCCAACUCGUGAUGCUCGAGUUGCUGGAUAA